GCAAGAGCAAGCUUCCUGCCAGGCAUGGAGGACACAGAUACUGUUGCAAGCCUUCGAGGCUUGAAUCAGGAUUUGCAAAACCUCUCGUCAGCUUUCGUUGUCAAUAUCGAGCGUCUCCGAGUUGAAUUGGAGACUCACAUUGAAGACUUCAAGAAGCUCCUCGACAAACCCACGAAAAACAAUGCAAGCCGACAAUCCGUUCUCUCAGGGAAGGUAACGAUUGGCAAUGUCGAAUACUCCAUCAACCAGGAUUUUCAACAAGGUGUACUCCAGCUUGCGGAUACCCUGAAUAUCGAUGAACUCGAAGCUGCGUUCUUAUUCUUCGAUGCGCAAGUCGAGGCCCAAUCACUCGACAGGCCCCUUCUCAAUGUUGCGAUCAUGCGCUUUCACCAGCGCCGGCAGUUCUUGCUUGACUCGUUGCGCCUUAUUCUCCAGGAAUCAUUCGAGGUGGAAAGGGAAACAAACCAAAUAAUCAUGCAGGAAAUGAUGGCUCACGUGGUUGAGAUCAAGAACGGUCCUUUGCGAAAUGCUUCAUUAUACACCCGAAAAUGCAUGACUGCCAUGGUGGAUGUGGAGAAGUGGCUUGCGCUCCUCGGCGAUCAGGCUCAGAAGGCGACGCUUGUCGGUCAGAUCGAAGAUGCUGAUACCAUGGAGCUGCUAGAGUUCCAGCGCAACAGCCUACUGCAGCAGCAUGAAACGCUUGGCGCCGUUCUAAGCUACCUUUUCAAAGGCCCUUAUACCAGCCCUGAAGACCUUCGAGUUCUCGUGAAGCAUCUCCGAACCCUUGAUCGCUUCGACAGUCUAGUCGUUCACUAUAUCCCAUGCAUCGUAUCUGCCUUUGAGCAACACGGCUCCCCUGAAAAAUCGAGCUCCUAUCAAGAAGCCAAAAGUCUGCAUAAGGAGAUCGUCACUACAACGGUCGCUCAAGAGUGGAAGCUGCCCACUUUCCAUUCUGCAAUCAUUACACUCUGGCUCGCAAUAUUCAGCGCUUGGGACUUCGAUGCCCCGUCCUCGCCUGUGCAGGGAGUGGAACCCGAGAAAGACGCAGAUGAGCGUACAGCUUUGUUCAUGACAGCGCUGGAUGACGGCGGACUCGAUCUCCUGCUUACAGUCUGUUAUGGUAUCAAUAAUGAGGAAUGGGCAGAUCCAGCUCGCAGUGAGUUGGUAGCUUUGCUUCUGAAAGAGGUUGCUUCAGCAAUGCUCGAGCUAGACCAGUGCUCCGAGUUUCUGAAGACCCUUCUCAUGGAGAGCUUCGAGCUUUUUUCUGAGGCCUGCAUCGCAAACAUGCCGGAUGCUGUUCGCAUGUUGAAAACCGAAGAAGACUCUCAACGGCUUGAUCACCUCACAGCUCUUCGAGAUGGCUUGACCUCCACGCCUCAUCGUGGCGUGGUCGAAGCUCGCACACACCUUGAGUCUUUCUUGAUGAUCAUGGCUUUUGCGUUCGAACAACGGCCUGACGCCGCGCAGGAGUUUUGGGCCGAUCCUGACUCAAACUUGUACGGCUUCCUCCAGUGGGCCUCUAAGCGACAAACCGUUCCUAGGGUCAGCGCUUUCUGUGAACUGCUAUGUUCCAUCUCUGUAGGCGAAGACAACGCCACUGCAGCCCACCGAUUUCUCUCCGAGGAGGACAAAUUAUUUUCUGCCAAGUUCAAGCGGUCGACAUCUAUGAAUUGGACGCAGAUGUUCGCUGAGCUAGAGUUGUACGCCGAAAGAGUCACGAACAAGCAGCCAGCAUCACAGGCAGUCCUACGCUCGAGGAAGUUGAAUCCAGCUGAUAUGAGUGAGCCCGAGAGUCCUGUGAUGCUUACAUGCUACCUCAGGCUCUUGGAGCAUCUGUGCAGACAGAGCGCUUCUAUUAGAGAUUGGCUACUUCACCACCCAUCCUUCAACGUCGUCGGCACUUUGUUGAUGCUUUGCAGUGGAUCGGUGCCCACACAUCUCAGGGCCAAUGUUUUCACAGCCCUCGCAGCUCUCAUGACUGAACGAACCGCCCACAAUGGCAACGAGAUGUGGCUCUCUAUCGAUCAGUGGAUUUCCAACCCGAAUACUGCCGGUAUUGCUAAAGCUCCUGUGAAUAGCAAUGCGUUUGCAUGGUAUGAGCAGCAAAUCUUUCGGAACAUUGGUGAGCGUUUCGAUCAAGCCAAUGCUUUUGUCACUCUGGUCUCCUCACUUGUUACGCCUACUCCUGAGUCCGCCGAAUUUCAUCUUUCGUUGCCCUUCCCGGAGAAUCUCGGCUCUUCCUACCGCACGGCUGGCAUCGAGCCAUAUGUUGAUUUCAUCAUGGGCCACGCUCUAGCAAGAAAAGUCCCUGAUAUGAAUGAGCGCCAGACUCGGUUGUUGACCCUUAAUUGUUUGGAGUUUGUAGCGUGCUGUCUCAAUUCGUUCAAUGAAAAUCUGGUAACCGUCUUAAGUCAGCCGUCAGUGUCACCAGAUUCUGCUUUCAAGUCUUCGACAAUGGUGACAUACAUUCGUCUUCACCCCUUCGCGCGAGUUGCAGAAUGGUUGUUCAACGAAGAUGUCAUCAAAUCUCUGUUUGCCACAGCCCAACAAGAUGUGAACGAGGUCGCCAGGGCAUCGCCAGAUUCCACGCUCGUCCUCUCCUUGCUGAGAAGCUUGAAUGUCAUGAAUAUGAUUCUUGACCUUCAAUCAACUUAUUUCAACAUUGUCAGACCGAUGAUCAGGUCACAAGCGGAUGCCAAUAGAACGACCGUGGCCAACUCUUCCCUUGCGGCCUUUGAAGACAGCAUUCUGAACAACUUGACCAUUGUACCUGCACUGUGUCUUUACUGCAGUACCGGGCAUGAGGAGCUCACGGUCAUGUCCAUGACACUGUUAGAGAAGCUGUCGAGCUCCCCGAAGCUGAAUAAAGUCACAUCACCUGAAUUGUCUAAAUGGCGAUCCUCGAACAAAAUCGUCGAGAUCCUCAGCUCCGAGGUAGACUUGGACAACCUAGCACGGCCUCUCACACAUCAAAUGGAAGUCGAUGAUCGGGAACUGGAGGCUGGCGAUAAGUCCCCGGCCUACAUCAUCAGGAAAAGCCUUCUAGCACUUCUGAAUGGCUGUCUUGGAUCGAUAAGCGAUAGGCCAACGAUAGCCCACCUCCUUCUCGGUUUCAAUAGCAUAGGUAGUCUUCUUGACGUCUCCCCUGAUGGCAUGUUUGCCAACAAGAUGUCCUUGCUGCAUGCCAUCAUCCAAUUCGUGCAAGACUUUCCUGGUGCAAUGGAUGGCAAUAUUCUUCCCUGGCUGAUACAAAUGAAGCGUAUGGCGUUCCAGGUUCUGAAGAAUCUUUGGUCAUCGAAGAUAUCGUCGUAUUUCACACUUGCUGAGAUGCGUGGCUCCCGGUUCCUCGCCAAUAUGCUCGCUCUUCAGCCAAUAAUUGGACCUCACACGUCAUGGGAUGGUUUGCCAAUCAUUGCGGAUGAAUUCUGGCUAGCAGAGUCAACCUCAGCUUACGCGGAAUUCUUACUCCUCAGAAGCUUCUUGUUCGAUUACGCCGCGAUAGAGAUUCGCUCGGCUGCUAAGCUUGGAGCACCGACUCUUCAAGCCGAACUUAUCUCCACCCUAUUCGGCACCUCAACGUCGGAGACGGGAGAGACCACAGUAAAUCCUUCUGUGUUUGAUCUUUUCGACUUUGCCGACCUAGACAUUGCGCGUUCCCUACCUAUGCCUGAUCUCCUUGUCCUCGAGGGCCUUGACUUUGAUGUGUGUGCGAGACCAGAGGCAGACCGUUCCUUGGUCCUAUACAAUAUGGCCGAGGUAGUGGAGUUGAUUCAGGUGAGAAAAGAGGAAAUGUUCGCUAGAGGACAGUUACACGAGGAACAAUUUAUUGCUGAGGCCGAAAGUCUCAUGCUGUUCAUAGAAGCAACGAACCGGCUCCGACAGAUCACGUUCAACCGCUUCUUGGCCCUUCGAUCCUGGGCUGAGCUGAUCACAACCAUGCUUUCCUCUGCAGAGAUCGAAGGUGGCCGACGAACUACCUUCAUUCUACACUCACUCCAACUCAUUCUACCCAAACUUGAAGCCGCUAUUCAGAAUGAUAUGCCGGAGGCGUUAGAGCUGGCAAGACUUACCGAGACAUUGGUUAGCAAGCUGGAGUCUUCUAGCUCCGAAUCUCCCAAGCCAAACUUAAACCUUGCGCGCAAGGGCGGCGAUGUGCUUGAUGAGAAGCUUCACCAGAUGUUCCAUAUUUGCGUGCGCGGCGUGAUCAUGGCUACUGGAAAUGUCAGUCUCAGGGAGAGUCUUUACAACAUAUGUUCACAUUAUGUUGCCCGCAUCGUUUCAUCCAACGCGGCUCAUGACCUUAUUAAAAAUCAAAGCCAGCAGAUCAUCAAGGCAACCGGCCAUGCCCUGGUCGAAGCCAUUUGCGAUGAUGCAUAUGCUGGACAGGAGACAUGUCGUGUCUCGGCUGUUCUAUGUCUCAAUCUGCUGGCUGUCUUAGAUAGACAGACGGAUCCAGUUUUGGUCGAAUUGAUAGCGCAGACGAACUACCUAAGCCUGUUCCUCGACGCAAUCCGAGUAUUGCCAGUGGAACUGAGGAACACCCAAGCAAGCGAUACGCCACUUCUAUUGUCUUACUAUCAAUCUCUGCUGUCUCUGUUCCAGGAGCUGUGUCAAACAAAGGUUGGGGCCACGCAUGUCUUGAGGACUGGUCUCUUCCAAGCCGUGCGCGAGUCGCAGCUGUUUGCCGCCGACCCUGAUCUUGGAAUUGAUAUUGACAACACCGAUGCUCUACGCAAGUAUUACGAACUGCUUGAUGCCUGUCUUCGGGUGAUUGUCUCAGCGGUGUUCUCUCGCGGACUUCACAACGAGCAGAUGAUGGAACAAACGCGCACGUUCCUCACCGAAAACAGACAAGGCAUGGUGGGCAUCUUCAAGCGAUUUGCUCGGAUUAGCGGCACUGGUCAUGCGGAUCAUCAAGGCACCUUGGGGAGCCUUGUCAAGUCUUACAUGGCGCUCAUUACCGCCACCGACUUUCUCGAUUUCGAAGAGAUGGAACUUGAGGAACGCACAGGGGAGCCGUCGUUCUCAUGAGCCGGACCUCUUGUGAGUCGGGUAGCUGGACAAGCUAUGGGAUUUCUUUUUGAUAAGAUUUUGAUGUAUAUGAACAUGUUUAUCAGCCGAUAGCGCGUACUAAAUCUGCUCAGGAAUGAGACAUUAGAGGGUGGACUUUUUAC